UAGCGCACACGCACCGUCGUGACAACCGUCGUGUAAAAUGUCUGUGAAAUCGGUCCCAUCAUCGUCAGCAGCAUCGUCAGCGUCGUCUUCGUUGUCGUCGUGCAGUGAGAUAAGCAUCGAGGAACUGCACGCCCGUUCAUCACCAGAUUUUUCGUCCGAAUUCACACUCGCUAACAUUAAGCAGGAGCCGCGUGCCGGCACCGUGUCCCCGAUUCUGACACCACCACACACACCCACCGAGGACAGUAUUGGUGGUUUGAACGGAUCGCAAACGAUCAUCACGACGUCCCCGCAUCAUCAUCAUCACCAUCAUCAUCAGCACCCGUCGGCACCGAGACACAUUCCAUUGAACCACUACCAUCCCUAUCAGUACGAGAUGGAGCGUUCACGGACGGUCGCCAUGCGUCAGCAGCAGCAACAGCAGCAGCAACAACAACAAUUUCUGCAGCAGCAGCACCCACCAACAGCAGGGCAGGAUAUGGUGGUGGGAGCGUUCGUGCCACAGCAAGCUCCCCAAGCAAUCGUGAGCCCACCAUCCACGAACCCGAUCGAGGCCGCAUUCCUGUACCAACAGCAGCAACAACAGCAACAGCACCAACAGCAACACCAUCAGCAACAGCAACAACAUCAGCAGCAACAGCGUCUGUGGCAACAGCAUCUCCAGCAAACCGGUUAUCAUCCAGCGGCAGCAGCAGCCGCAGCCGCCGCCGCCUAUGCGCAUCCACACGCAGCCCUCAUGCAGCACUGGAUUCGCAAUGCCGCCCUGUACCAACAGCGGCUCCAUCCCCAUGCGCACGCCCACCCCCAUGGACCGACGGUCGGACACCAUGCGCAUCAUCCCUACCCACUGUUGGGGGCUGGUCGCCCGGGACUCAAGCUUCCCGGCCAUCACCACGGCGGACCCGGUGGUGGUGGUAGCUCACGCCCAAAGAAACAAUUUAUCUGCAAGUACUGCAAUCGCCAGUUCACCAAGUCCUACAACCUGCUGAUCCACGAGCGGACGCAUACGGACGAGCGGCCGUACUCGUGUGACAUCUGCGGCAAAGCCUUCCGCCGUCAAGAUCAUCUGCGCGACCAUCGGUACAUCCACUCGAAGGAGAAACCCUUCAAGUGUUCCGACUGUGGUAAAGGGUUCUGCCAAUCGCGUACGCUCGCCGUCCACAAGGUGACACACUUGGAGGAGGCACCCCACAAAUGUACGAUCUGCAACCGAACGUUCAAUCAGCGAGCGAACCUGAAGACGCACAUGCAAAGCCACGCAUGCCAACCGCAGGGCACUGGUGGACUGUCGCUCGAAUCGCCGGUUCUGAAUGGUCCCGCACUGGAUCUGUCCCAGAAAUCAUCCUCCUCUUCGACCGAAGAGAAGGACAUCAUUGUGGACGAAGACUUUGACGACGAGGAAGAAGAAAUUGAGGAGGAGGAAGAGGCGGAGGAUAGUGAGCUGUUGGAGGGUGAGGAGGAGGAACAUCUUGAUCUGGAGGGUGACGGUGAGGAAGGGAUGGAUGUGAGGCAGAUGCUACUGUUGGAGCAUGCCAAUAGUAAUCCGUCCGCAUUGCAUACUCCCAGGCGUAAUCCGACGACAGCGGGCAGCACGGUGACUACUACAACGUCAACAACAGUGACCCCAAAGCGAUCGCUCGGUUUCUCGAUCGACGAGAUCAUGCAGCGAUAA